CACAGUUUGUUUACAUUUAUGAGGUCGUCAUAGGGAAUAAAAUCAAUAUGGUGGCCGUCAGCUUCACGAUUUAGAAUGGUUUUAACUGCUGUUUGAUUCAGUAUUGGUAUUUUAAGGAUUUUUUUUAUAGAAAAUGGAGGCUGCAAAGGAAAAAGAUGGCAAACCUGCCAUAGAAGAAAAUGCUUUUGAAGCUUUGGAAAGAGAUUUUCAAGAGGUCCUCAAUGAGCUGACGGGGGACAAGAGUUUGGAAAAGUUUAGAGUUGAAUAUGAGAAGCUACAUAGAGCUCUAAAAAAGUCUCACGAAAGUGAGAAACGUUUGAUGGGAAAAUGCCGGGAACUAAAUGCAGAGAUUGUCGCCAAUGCAGCCAAAGUUUCCACAGCUUUGAAAUUGUCACAAGAAGAUCAAACAACAAUAUCAUCCUUAAAAAAGGAAAUUGAAAAAGCUUGGAAAAUGGUUGAUGCUGCACAUGAAAAGGAAACAAGAGCUCGAGAAACUAUACAAGCACUCAAACACGAAAUAACAAACUUAACAAAAUUAGUUGAGCAGGGGGCAGGGCUUAAUAUGGGACAAGAUAACAGCGUUCAAGAACUUUUGAGGGCUAAAGAAGAAUUAACAAAAGAAAGGGACCAGAAGUUGACGGAAAUUGUUAAGUUGCGGAAAGAAUUAACAGACGCAUCAGAGAGUUUAACAGCUGCUGAAAAUGAAAAGACAGAAGCCUUGCUUAAAAUAUCAGAGCUGAAAGAAGAUAUUCAAGUUAAAAAUAACGAAGCGCAAAGAGAGAUGCGGAAAAAGGAAAAAAUGGAGCGAGAAUUUAAAGAAAGCAAAUCAGAAGCUGAGACAAAAUCAUUAGAAUUGAAAUCGAAACAAAUACAGCUGCAACGUGCACAGGAAGAAACUUUACGAAUCGAACAACAGUUGAAGGAACAAAGGAUAUUGAAUGAGCGAGCAGUAAAGGACACAGAGCUAUUAAACAACAGAUUAAUUAAGUUGCAACAAGACUUUGAUACUCAGUUAUCUGCAGCAGAACAACUUGCGCAAGAAAAUAACGCAAAGACAAUAGAACUGCGGGGAAAAGAAGAUGAAGUAAACAGCUUGAAGCAAGACAGUGUUCGGUUGACUCGACAACGUGAAGCUAUACAAAGAAAACUUCGCACUAUUGAAGAACAAAAAGUGGAAACAGAACAUCAAAAAGAGACGCUGAAGAAUCAGAUAAAUGCUUUAGAGAAAGAGGUGGAAGCAACUAAAAAACAACAAGAAGUUGACAAAAAAGCAAUUGAUGAUUUGGUUCGAGAACGAGAUAUUUUAAACAAGAACCUUCUAAAAUCGGCUGAUGCCACGCAAAAACAACUGGGUCUGGUAAGACUUCAUGAACAGGCGAAGAAGAAUUUAGAACAGGAAAUACAGAACUAUAAAGAUGAGGCACAGAAGCAGCGUAAGAUCAUCUACCAACUUGAGAAAGAAAGAGACAGAUACAUCAAUGAAGCGAGCGACCUAACGCAAAAAGUGUUACAACACAUGGAAGAUGUAAAAGUGAGGGAGAUGCAGAUCUUUGAUUAUAAAAAGAAAAUCGCAGAAGCUGAAACCAAACUCAAGCAGCAACAGAAUCUAUACGAAGCUGUGCGAAGCGACCGAAAUUUAUACAGUAAGAACUUGAUUGAAUGUCAAGAUGAGAUCACAGAAAUGAAGAGAAAGUUGAAAAUUAUGAAUCACCAGAUUGAUCAACUUAAAGAAGAAAUCACCUCCAAAGAAGCUGCUUUAGUGAAAGAACAUCUGGAACAUCAAAGAGUGGAGAAGGAGAAAGAUGCCCUCAAGGCUGAACUCCAGUUGCUGAAGAAGGAGGCAUCAGAAGCAAAAGCUUAUAUCGAUCAACAGCAAACAGAAGAACGGAAAUUAUUGAAGAUAAUACAAGAAGCUGACGCUGAGCGUUUGCGGCAGAAGAAGGAGUUAGAUCAAGUGAUAAGUGAGCGAGACAUACUUGGAACUCAGUUAGUCAGACGCAAUGAUGAACUGGCUCUUUUAUAUGAGAAGAUCAAAAUACAGAAAAGCACGCUAGAUAAAGGUGAAAUUCAGUAUCGACAAAGAGUGGAAGACAUUCGCCUGCUUAAACUUGAGAUAAAGAAACUGCGUCGCGAGAAACAUAUUCUCACGAAAAGCGUCGCCAACGUGGAGGAGUUGCGAAAAGAAGUAUACAACAUGCAGAGAGAAUUGUUGCGCGAACGCACUCGAUGUAAAGCGCUAGAAGAGGAAUUAGAAAAUCCGAUGAAUAUACACCGAUGGAGAAAAUUAGAGGGAAGCGAUCCAAGUACAUUUGAAAUGAUUCAAAAGAUACAAACAUUACAGAAAAGAUUGAUCCAAAAAACAGAAGAGGUCGUUGAGCGGGAACUGCUCAUUAAAGAAAAAGAAAAAUUGUAUAUAGAACUGAAGCAAAUACUUGCACGACAACCUGGGCCCGAAGUUGCUGAACAGUUAAGCGUAUAUCAACAAAAUUUGAAAGAAAAAACAAAACAGAUGAAGGCUAUGGCUUCAGAACUGAAUAUGUACGAAGCUCAAGUGCAAGAUUACAAAUACGACAUCGAAAGAUUAUCGCGUGAACUUCAAGACGUAAAGAAAAAAUAUUUCAUGCAUAAAAGAAGAGAACAACAACAAAGAGAUCGUGAUAGAACUUUAGCUCAAGCAACGUUACCGCCAUUUCAACCUCAACGUACAGAUGGACCGAAAUUUACCGGCGGGGGAUUUAAUUUAAAACAGCCUGCCAAAAUACCUGUAUGAUAUGACCUGUAUAUUUGUACAAAAUAACCGUAAUAUAUUUUAUUUUUAA